GAGGGAAUGGCGGAGAAAACAUCUGAGUUCAAAAUCGUAAUUGUCGGAGGAUCUGGAGUUGGAAAGAGCUCUGUUAUUAAUAGUUUUUGCGGCAAUAUCGUGGAAGAGGACUUAGAAGCCGAUGACCAAGUGCAAGUGGUUGCAGAUCAGCAAGUUGUAACAAAGAGGAUGGAGGUGCAGGGCAAGGACAUUUGUCUGAAAAUAGUUGAUACGGCAGGAUCUGUGCUGGAAAACCAGAAAUCUACAAAGGCGCUCUAUAAAGGGGCCCAGGGUAUCAUGGUCAUAUAUGACGUCACCCACAAACAUUCAUUUGAUGAUGUUCCAAAGUUGCUGCAGGACAUAGAUGAGCAUCGUGAGGGUGCUCCAGUGGUGUUUGUCAUUGGAAACAAGUGUGACUUGGAGGACAGAAGAGUAAUCUCCAUAGAAACUCUGGAGGGGUUUGCCACAGACCAUGGUGUUUACUUUUUAGAAGUCAGUGGCAAUACCGGUGUGAAAGUCAAAAAAGCUUUCGAUCUGAUGACGGAGGAAAUUCUUCUCGCCGAGAACCAAGAUCAAGCUACAGCUCACGCUAACCACUGCAAUUUGCUUUGAGAUAUCUACCAAAAGACGCUGUAUUGUAGUU